AUAAUCCAAUCAUUAAAAGCGAUUCGGAAGUGAUAACAGUAUUAUAUAGUCUUGGUGACUCUUGACAAUCUACUAGAUUAUUAUUCUCUCACUCAGUAAUAAUCAUCGUUCAUAAUGACACUGGAUCGUAUUGAAUCACCAAAGGCUAAGAAGAAGCUCUCAUUGGGAGUCGGUGGUGCAUUUGUCGAGUUGCCGGCAGAACGCACCGGCUGGGCUAAUAAAACAGAGUUUGUUUUGUCUUGCAUUGGGUAUGCAAUUGGAAUUGGAAAUGUUUGGAGGUUUCCUUUCUUUGUUUACCGAAAUGGCAGAGGUGCGUUUCUGAUAGCCUUCAUAUUAAUGCUGAUAACAAUGGGCCUGCCAAUCUUCUUCAUGGAGCUCUGCAUCGGUCAGUACACGGGGAUGGGUCCCAUGGAAGCGUAUCGUCGUAUGUCACCAGCAUUUGGGGGUCUUGGGAUCUGCACCCUCGUGGUGAUCGCAUUAGUAACUGUCUAUUACAUGGUGAUAAUAGCUUGGACACUGUUCUACACUUUCGCCUCAUUUUCAACAAAGCUCGCCUGGGCAUACUGUGACAACGACUUCAAUACUCCUGAGUGCUACAGCGGAUUGGAAGAUAAGCAAUGUCAAGAAGCUAAUUCUAGCAUGAUUUUUUUUAAUAAAACAUGCCAACUAAUCAGCAAAGUCUGCCGCGAUUUUGGAUACGAACAGGGUAACAAAACUUACUGUUUUAAUGCGACACACGAGAAUCCACUUCGUAAAUUAUACAAGAGCGUUCUAUCAUCGGAGGAAUAUUUCAGCGAUUACGUACUCGGAAUACGAGGCGCUACUUGGGAUAAUUGGGGCGGCAUAAGAUGGGAGCUCUUGGGUUGUCUCACCCUUGCCUGGAUUAUCUGUUACCUCUGUUUAAUAAGAGGCGUUCAAUCCGUCGGGAAGAUCGUAUACUUUACUGCACUGUUUCCCUACUUUGUAUUGAUCGCACUUCUCAUUCGAGGGUUAACUCUGGAUGGGGCUGGAUAUGGUAUCAUGUGGUUCAUCACUCCGGUUUGGUCAUCGCUGUUGGAUGCAAAGGUUUGGGGUGAUGCUGCAUCACAAAUCUUCUAUUCCCUGGGCAUUGGUUGCGGAUCUCUGAUCACGAUAUCGAGCUUCAGUACGUUUUCGAAUAAUUGCCACAGGGAUGCGAUAUUUAUAACAUUUACAAAUUUAUUUACCUCAGUAUUUGCGGGUAUUGUGAUAUUUUCAAUAAUGGGGUACUUGGCAAAACAAAUGGAGUUGCCACUGGAAGAUGUCGUGCAGAGCGGGCCAGCUUUAGCAUUCAUAGCCUACCCAGAAGCGGUGGUACGAAUGCCACUUUCAAAUCUCUGGGCUAUUUUAUUUUUCUUCAUGCUAUUUAUUCUCGGUCUUGGCAGCCAGUUUGCAGGGGUUCAGGCGAUAAACACGGCCAUUCUGGACCUACGACCGAAUCUGCGAAAACACGAGAGCCUGGUGAUACUUGGAAUUUGCGUGUGUGGAUGGAUUCUAGCAUUACCGAUGAUUUUCGAUGCCGGAGUGUAUCUUAAUACGCUGAUGGAUUGGAACACCGCGUCCUGGGCAAUAUUGUUAAUUGGAUUGCUCGAAGUUGCUGUACCGGCGUGGUGUUACGGAUGCAACAAAUUCCUAACCAAUAUUGCCGAAAUGGACAUGCCGUUUGGGAGGUUUACACGCGGAUACUGGUGGAUCAGCUGGACCUUUCUCGCUCCCAUUACCUGCCUUGGCGUAUUCGCUUAUCAGAUGUAUAUAUUUACCCCAGUAUAUUACGGUAAAUAUGUUUUUCCCUAUUGGCCAAAUGUUUUAGGCGUUUUGAUUGGCUUGUCAACACUUGCACCAUUACCACUUUACUUUGUCUAUUGUCUCUACAAAGGACCUCGAAACUGGAAUCUGUUCAGAUUAACAGAGAGUUGGGGGCCAUCAAAAAAAAUGUCGUGGUAGAUUUAUUUUAAAUUUAAAUGGACUUACAAUGAGUAAAAUAUUCAUAUAUAUUUAUAUAUAAAUAUAUAUAAAGUCCACGGAUAGACAAUAAAAUAGACAAAGCUAAAAAGAUGAUAAGUUUUUAGUUAUUGCGUUUUUUUGUACCUGGACUUAAUACUUAAACGAGAAACUUGAAAAGCAAUACGUCUUGUGUUUGUUUGUACGUUAUCCGGCAUACCGGCAUUCCCCUUUGAACUUGUGUUUCUUCUAAACCUUUUUUCUUAUACCGUGAACCCUCAACAAUACUAAAAACCCUCGGCAACGUUUUAACCCCUAAAUUGCUGGCAUUUAUUUAGAGUUCAAGGGUAAUAAAUUGCAUGAGUGUGGUUAAGAUUCCUUAUCUUACAGAGCUUGUUGAUUAUUUUUUAUACUACGAUAUAAGGAUCUCUAAUUUAUGUUAAGUAGUUUUUUUUACAGUAUUCCACUUAUUUAUAAACUUACUCUCGAUAUAAAAAAAUAUCGAAAAAAUAUUUAAUUAAAAAAGAAAAAAAAAAUUAAAUAUGCCUCAACCUAUUUUCGGUCGAUUUUUUUUUUAAUCUUAAAAAAUCAAAAAUUUAAAGAUUAAAUUUUAGAAAAAAAAAAAUUUUUACGUAAAAAAUUUGUUUGUCCUGAGACCAUUUUACCCUGCGGUGUCCAUGUUAUGAAUACACAUAGUUAAUAAUAAUUUAUUUAUUAAAUUUUCUAAUUAAGUAUAUUGAUAAUAAUUAAAUUUUCAAGUAAUUAAAUAUUAAAACAAACGUUAAUUAAAAAGAAAUACAAUAAUGGAUGAAUAAAUACCUGUUUAUAUAAAUAAUAUAAUAAAUUGUAAUUUGCGAUUAUUAUCCGUGUAUUAAUGUCAAGUUGAUUACAUUAAACUGAAUAAAAUAUUUUUGCAUGAAUAAAUACACUGCUGUACACAAAAUGACUCUAUUGAUUUAAAUAAUGCAAUGUGUAUUUAUAGGAUUACGUUAUUGUUAAUACACUCGAUAAUUCAUUAAUUUAAUACAAUAAAAUAAUUAUUGGAGACAAAUUAUUAUUACAAUGCGAUGAUAUAAAUAUAAAAGUUUUUCGACGUCUGACAGGAAAUAGAUUCAACUACUAGGUUACUAAAUUUUAUUAUUCCUCUUAAGUUUUCGUACUCAAGUGAUUUUAGUUUUAUCGCUCGUUAAAAAGUCAUUACUUUUAUUUAUUACUCGUGAUGUCAAAUGGUAAUUAAGAAGAAUUUUAAUUAAUUCAAAUUUUAAUAACUUUGAUUGGUCAUCUAACAAAAUUUAUAAGAGAAAAAAAAUAUGCGUCAUAGACCAAAAAGAAAAAGGGGUGAAUUAUAAUUAACGUAAUGUGUCUAAUUAUAAAUAAAAUAAUUAUAAAUAUAUCAGUGGCAAAAAAAAAAAAAUUAAAUUUUUAAUAACAAUGGUAAUUAAAGUUAUUAAAUUAAUCAGAAUAUAUUAUUUGUGUCUGCCUAGUCUUUUGGUUCUUCCUGUGUCUCAUCUUGAGUUUCCAAAGGUAGAAAACUCAUUUUAUAUAAUUUAUUACAGUCACGCUGGUUCAAUUAGUUGCCACCGCAUAACGAACUACUUUCUGAAUUUUUUUUUAUCGCAAUUAUAAUAACGAUUUUUUUUUUUAAUUUUAAAAAACAAAUUUUAUAAAUUUUUAUUUUUUUUUAUACUUAUUUUUGUUUAUAUUUUUGUCAAUAAAUUCUCUAGGUUCAAUUAUAAAUUGGAA